AUGGCCACAACCCCACAAAUCGCUAUCGUGGGCGGUGGCAUCGUUGGCCUUGUCCUCGCUGCUGGACUCACGCGGAGAGGCGUCCAAGUCCAGCUUUACGAGCAAGCGCGGAACUUUCGAGAGAUUGGUGCCGGCAUCGGAUUCACGAAGAACACGGUAGGAUGUAUGGAGAAGAUCAACCCGGCCGUUGUGAUGGCUUUGCGCUCCGGUGGAGCUGUCAAUGUUUCGUUGGACCAGCAGGAUCCCAAGUCAUAUUUGCGGUGGAUCGACGGCUAUGGCCAGCACCGAGAGGACGACCCCAUGCACCAAAAGCCACUCUUAAAGCUUGAUGCAGGCGUUAAAGGAUGGGAGACAGUUCGCCGAGACCAGUUCUUGGAGGAUCUUGUCAAAGUCAUCCCCGAGGGGGUUGUGCAUCUACGGAAGCGACUGGACACGAUUGAGGACAACGAAGAUGCGGACAAGGUCUACCUGAAUUUCACUGAUGGAACUAGGGCCGAAGCUGACGCUGUCAUCGCAUGCGACGGCAUCAAGUCCAGAGCGCGACAACUCCUACUCGGUGUGGAUAAUCCCGCCUCAUUCCCCCAAUACACACACAAGGUCGCUUACCGCGCGUUAAUUCCCAUGGACAAGGUCGUCGCAGCGAUCGGCGAAUACAAGACCUUCCGCCAACACAUGCACGUCGGUCCGAACGCACAUCUUAUCCAUUACCCCGUCAACACGGACACAAUAGGAGCCACCGUCGUGGUCUCCGACCCCAAUGACUGGCCACAGGACAAGCCUACGACGGCCCGUGCGUCACGCAAGGACGUGUCAGAAGCACUGGCCGGGUGGUGUACUCCGGUCCGCAACCUCGUCGAGCUGUUCCCGGAAGAGCUAGACCAGUGGGCACUCUUCGACCUGUUCGAAUACCCAGUGCCCAAGUACAACAAGGGGAGAGUAUGUCUGAUGGGUGAUGCGGCGCAUGCAUCCAGCCCCCACCACGGUGCCGGAGCUUCUUUCGGGAUCGAAGAUGCGCUCUGCAUGUCCACGUUGAUGUCCGAGCUUAUCAUGGAUCUCCGGGAGGCUCGGACAUCCAAAGCGACUGCAUUGCGCACUGCGUUCGAGACAUACGACAAGAUCCGUAGGACCAGAACGCAAUGGCUGGUCAACAGCAGUCGGCGCGUGUGCGAUCUCUUCCAGCAACCGGAGUGGGCUAACCCGGCCAAGCGGGUCAAGACCGAGUCGUGUUUCGAAGAGGUCAAGGAUCGCUCAUUCAAGAUAUGGCAUUUUAACUCUGCUGCUAUGGUUGAUGAUACGAUUCGCGAAUACAGGGAGAGCAUGCAUUUGUCGACGAAGACGAAGAACGUUGAUGGCAACAAUGGAGCGAGCGUGACUAAUGGUACCAACCCGGCGUAG